GUUAAUCAAUAUUUGACACAACCGCGUAAACAGUUUAAAGAUAGCUGUUUUCAAUAAACCAAAAAAAGAACUGAAAAGCUGCAAAGUAACAUUCUUUGUUAAUAUUUGCAAAUUACAAUGAGUUUCUGUAUAAAAGAAUUGAAUGGUGACUUGUUUUCCGUUGAGGAGGAUUACUCUAUGGCGCACUGUGUUGCUGCAGAUCUUAGAAUGGGCAAAGGCAUUGCUAUAAAAUUUCGGAAUAUUUUUGGAAACAUUUCAUUUUUACAACAACAAAAUAUAAAACCAGGAGGAGUGGCUGUUUUACCUCACAAUUCCAGAUAUAUUUACAAUUUAGUAACAAAGGAAAAAAGCUGGGGAAAGCCGACAUAUCAAUCACUACACAGUUCACUAGUAUCUAUGAGAAAUUACAUGGUGGAGCAUAAUGUAUCUAAUCUGGCAAUGCCAAGGAUUGGUUGCGGCCUAGAUGGUUUGGUGUGGCACAAAGUAAAAGAUUUGAUAGAAGAAGUAUUCUCAAAAGACCCCGUGAACAUUGUAAUUUACAACUAUUCACCUGUGGCGAACUCUGGAUAAAUUUAUUUAUUCAACUUAUGUUUCUACUAGAACGAAAUUAACUUUCCGAUGAAAAACGUUUUUUUAUUCUAACAAAACCCAAAAUUUGUUUUGUCCCAACUUUAGCUUUUGGUUACCAAAUAAUAAAUAAUUCUCUGGAAUAAUA